UUGUCGGAGACUGACGGUUAUCGCGCAAUGGACGAGAAGACAAUAAGCCUGAUCGAGCCGCUUGGGCCUUCUGGGUAAAAUACUUUCGCGCUCCUUCUCACCUUAACAAUCCGACUGUAAAUCUGUGGUGCCUGUUUAACUCCCAACGCAAUGGCUGUUUGGAUGCAGUUCCUGCUCGACCGGGGGCGGUUCAAGUCUAGACAGCUGAUUUCACGUAGAACUUUGGAAGACACAUGGAAAUCGCGCAUUUCCGGUUUGCCCAACCCACCGGACCAUCCUGCAUCAAAUUUAGGAAAUCGGACGUUUACAAUAAAGGAAUACGGACAAGAAUUCAUCGAGAACGUUGGUUAUGGUUUAGGGUGGAUGGAAACCAGGCACCGAGGUUACCGGUACCUUCAGCAUUCAGGCGGAUAUCUCAGUUAUACAUCCCUGUACUCGAUUGUUCCGGAUCACGAUAUCAGCAUAUUCACCACUUCGGCUGGACCAUAUAAUGAAAUUGUAUCGGAAAUGAAUCAACGCUUGCACUAUCGGCUGUUUGACUAUAUAAUGCAACUGGCUCCUCUAAAUCCAGCGGACAACGUUUGUGUAGAACUGGACACCCAGAAUGCCAGCAUUCCCGCAGUGCCAUCGACGCCAGACAUUGCCAGCGCAGUACAAAUUGAUAAUACGUUUUAUACCGGCGAGUAUUACCAUCCGGUGCACGGGAUUUUGAAAAUUGAAGACGGUAACCCCAUGAAGGCUUUCAUGGGCCGCGAGGGCAACACUACCAUUGAGUGUACAACUUCGGUGUCACUGUGCUCGCUGCGCUUUCACGGGAUUGUGUGGUGGGUGUCGGAACCGGAUAGCUAUGGAGCGACACCCGGAUUAUUAGAGAUUAGCUUUAAUUUUACCAGUGAUGGUUUCGUCAGCCAUGUUACAUUGCCGAUGUACUGCCUCGCGGUUCCACCUGUUUUCGAAAGAGUAUCAACAUAGCAAAU